GCCGUGCUUUCCUUCAGCAGCGAGACCUUUAAUCCUAAAAGAUUCCCGGAUCAGAUUUGGCACAUUGGUGCGGAGCCGGCAAUUGAGGCAGAGCUCGCUCUGAGCUCGAUUAAUUCAACCUUAGCGAUAAACAGAAAAAAAAUCCAAGGUUUCCAUCUCGAACCAACCGAAACACGGUUAGAGAGCGAGCAAAGGAGAGAGCGCUUUCCUUGCCCCGACAUGACAGUGACAGUCGGCUAGACUCUGAAAACAGAGUAACCGGGGACGGGAGGGCUCGCCCAAAGGCAAGGACAACGACAAUUUAGGCUGACAAGGGGAUUUACGAGGACGAGAAAUGGAAAAUGCCGAUUCUAACGUACCCGAUGGUACCAGCGGUGGGGCUUCAAGCGAGAACGAAACCGCGUCUCCGAAAGGUCCCUUUCAUCAGACAUGCAGUAGAGUGCCAGCACGUCUACAGGAUACGUUAAAGGAGGAGUUGCAGUCCAUUCUCCGACUGGGAAUUGUAGAGCCAUCCUCAAGCAGUGUUCAGGUCAAGAAGACACAUAUGUCACAAAUUGAGGUGAUCCCUUGUAAAAUCUGCGGCGACAAGUCUUCAGGAGUGCACUAUGGCGUGAUCACAUGUGAAGGCUGCAAGGGUUUCUUCCGCCGAAGUCAGCAAAGCAGCGUCUCUUACUCCUGUUCCCGGCAAAAGAAUUGCCAAAUUGACAGGACCAGCCGAAACCGGUGUCAGCACUGCCGCCUCCAAAAAUGUGUGGCCCUGGGCAUGUCCAGAGAUGCUGUGAAGUUUGGCCGUAUGUCUAAGCGACAGCGAGACAGCUUGUUUGCAGAAGUAGAAAAACACAAGCAGCAACAGAAACAGCAGCAGCACCAGCACAGCCCAGGAGAGGCAGAGGCUGUGAUCACCUACCCUAGCAAGGAGCUUUGCAAUGGGCAGAGCCAACACAGUGAGACUGCUGCUCUGACCUAUUCUUUCAAAGGAAUUUCCAGUGACCCUGUUGAUUCUGAAGUUUCAGCCUAUGGUAGUGAAGGUUUGACAUGUUUGCCUUGUUCUCCAAAUGAGGCCCAGACUUCAGUUUUAGGCUAUGGGCCUACAGGAACCUCAUCUUCACCUGUGUCCAGCAGCCAAACUUGUCUGGAAAAAGAAGAGUUGUUUGCAAAAGAAGGAAAAGGAAAGACAGAAGGCAUCAGGAGCCGUUACUGCCCUUCACAGACACGUCAACCAUCUCCUGACCAGUCUGGCUUAGAUAUGAAAGAAAUCAGGCUGCCCAGCGUUGUCGACUUCUACAUCAGCUCUCCAGAACAGCCAAACACCAUGGAACUUGAAAUAAACAAACUGACAGCUAACAUCUUUAAGUCCCACCGGGAAACCUGCCAAUUCCGAGUGGAGGAGCUACAAGCUUUGCAGUGGAAGCAGUUCACCCGUGAGGAAGUCAUGGUCUACCAGUGCAAGUCAAUUGAGGAGAUGUGGGAGAGGUGUGCUUGCCGCUUGACAGAUGCCAUUCAGUAUGUAGUGGAAUUUGCUAAGAGGAUUGAUGGCUUUAUGGAACUCUGCCAGAAUGACCAGAUUGUUCUCCUCAAAGCAGGUUCUUUAGAAGUUGUUCUUGUGCGCAUGUCCCGAGCUUUCAAUCAAGAGAACAAUACAGUCUUCUUCGAAGGGAAAUAUGCUGGCACAGAGAUCUUCAAAUCACUAGGUUGCAUGGAUAUGGUGACAUCAAUGUUUGAUUUUGCCAAGAGCCUAUGCACACUGCACUUAUCGGAGGAAGAGGUGGCUCUCUUUACAGCCUUGGUGCUCAUCAACUCCGAGAGACAGUGGUUACAAGAGAAGGCCAAAGUGGAGCGUCUCCAUACCCAUGUGGACAUGGCCUUCAAGAGGAUACUGCUGAGGAAUCGACGUGAUGGUCUACUGUCAAAGCUGUUCCAGAAGAUGGCAGUGCUAAAGCUGCUUUGCGCCCAGCACAUUGAGAAACUGCGUGCUUUCCGGCAGCUGUACCCGUUGAUUGUGCACUCACUGUUCCCACCUCUGUAUAAAGAGCUGUUCACCUGUGACACAGACCUGCAGACCGUGAUCGAGUGACAACACAGCAGCUUCAAAGUAAACACACAGCACAUAGGACUGCGCAAGGAACACAGUGUCUUCUAGGCUGGAGGAACAAAGCAACUCACUGCUGGUCAGGGAGGUUUCAACGGGCCUCAUGGAACCUUGUUUGGGUCCAGGAGGAGACAACACUGGUUGAGUACAUAAAGCACAAUUAACACAAAGUUUGGGGACAUACAGUAUCUGUUGUUCUGUGAUAUACCUGGAAGCUACCUUUCACUAUUUCAAGUCAUUGAACAGCCAUUAUUUCAUUACAUGGGUAGGACAUAGUUAAGCAGGAGUUCACUUUUUUAUAUAAAAUAACUUGUUUUUAUCCAAGUGUUUUUGGGAUACAUUUUGACAUUUCCUUUGCAAUUUCUUUUUUGCUUAAUUGCACUCUAGAACAUAAUUUACAGUGAUAGGUCAUACCUUUAGUCGAAAAUAAGGAUGUGUGCUGAAUAACCUACUUUCAACAGUUCAGCAUUUGAAAACAGGAAAGGGAAUUUGGUCAAAAGAGGAAAACAAAUGUUAUGAAAUACUGUGUGGUUUAAAAAAAAAUAGAAGAAGAACUGAACUCCUGCUAUGGAAUUGAUUUUUCUUUGGAUGAGCAAAUUGUAGCUAAGCAAUCUUUCUACCUUUUUUAUAUAUCUGCAAACUAGACUCAUGCUUAAGCUGGGGUUUUUUGAACUAGGAAGCUUCACUUGUCCAGUUUGCUCCAUCUUUUUCAUGUCAGGAUGGGAUGGCCUAUUAUUUGAAAAGUGGGAGGUUAGGAUAGUUCCAGAAGGUGGUUUGUCCUGAAUUCAGAUCAUCUCUGGAAGACUGGCAGAUGAUGCUAUAUAAGCCAAAACUGGGCAUACAUUACCAUUUGUUACUGGGUGGGACUUCAGCGACUGCAGCAAACAAUCUCCUGUUCUUCUUUACAGCAGACAGAUUAUUGAAGGCAAGUCUGUCGUAAAAGCAAAGUGUGCCUGGGAUGCUACCAAGCUGUGAAAUGUUGUAAGACGAUCAGCAGCACAUUUUUGAAACAAAUUGCACAAUACAUUAAGUUUUAGAUGCUUAAAAAUGUAUAAAUGUACUGAUAUCAUGCUUUAUUAAUGGAUAAUCGGGAGCCAUAGAGUUAUUUUCCCUGUUCAUGAAAUUGCUGGGGUUUAACAUUUCUAUACUGUGACACAGUAGGCACAGUCUGUGCUCGAUUCAUAUAAACAUGUCUGUGCUUUCCUAAUAAAAAGUAAUGACAGACCCCUUUCAAUGUCAUUUUCCAAUAGGCAUUUUUGCACUUGCCAGUUCCGAUAGGUCUUCACAAAAUGUUUGUUACAGUAUGGAGCAGUUACAGUUUUUUGGGGACCCAGAAUGCAGUGUGAGCCAUCUUUAAAAUGAGCUAAAAAGUACAGGUCAUGGUAUGGAAAUUCACGCUAAGCAGAAAAAGAGAAACAAAUCCUUCUUUCCUGGCACACUUGAAUGACGAUACUCGACUUGAUGUCAGACACAUUGUCAAAUAUUAAGCUCACUUUGUAUGAACAAGCACAAGUAUACAGCUCGAGUGUUUUUAAAAUGUGUUCUGCAUUAUAUACCAUAUUUUAGCUCAAAUAUUUUCCUGGCAUAUGUGCAUAAAUGGUGAGAAGCACUCAGUGCCCCGUUUAUGGGCCUGCUUCAGAUAAGUCUCAGCGUUUUAACGCUGCUUCUCACUGCAGGAUUUUAAGACUUUGUAUAUUUAACUGUUACACAACUGCCGUCUUUUCUACAUCUGACAAUAUUUAUUUUUUGAGAAGGAGUGUCCUUUUUUUUCUAAGUUAUUUGCCUGUGCCUUGUACUUUUGUACAGGGCUCAGCGGCAGCAGCCAUCAAUCUGUAUAAUUUUUCUUUUCUAAAAGUAGUUUUGAGUGACAAACCUGAAGAUCUGGAAAUGAUUCGUCUGUCCCAUUUUGCCUGUUAUCAAACAUUAAAGACAUGUUGUAGAGGUCUUUGAGACAGAAAUAAGUGAACUGGCAUUUCUUUUUAUCAAAAUAAGCUGUUGCCCUCCAGCAAUGAAUGGCUUUUAUUAAUGUUGGCUAUUUUUUGUUUAUUCACCCAGCACUGUCUGCAUGGUGAAAACACCUGUAGCAGUGUCUCAGCCUCAUGUAAAACCACUUUGAACAUCAGAAUGUCAAAAAAGAAAAACCGACUUGAAUGACUGGGAUCCUGGUUGUGGUAUUGCUAGCAUAUGGUGAUGGCAAGUGAUGCUUAGUAAGUUAAGGUGUUAGACACUAAAGAUCAGAACAAGUCAUUUUACCUUCUGCUGUGUACUCAGCCCCUUGAGAUGGAGUUCAAAAUGGAAAGGUGCGAUAGAAAACAAAGUGGGUUUGCUUAUUUGAGAGCACACCACACGGGCAGCAGGACGCCGUCUCAUCACUUGUGCUAUCUUGCCUUUUAAAGAUGCUCACAGCACUGGAGUCCACAGGCAGCACUUGAAGUAUGUCGGCCUGCUCUGGACUACCAACCAUUUGUGGAAGGCCUGAGACUGGUAUUGUGUUAACCGCUUCUUUAGAAGAGGACCCGCCACCUUUUAAUCGGAGUUGAAGUUAUUUACUAAGGAAGCUGAAGAACGGGGGUGGGAACAAAAAAAAAAA